GAAAGAGAGAGAGAGUGAGCAGAGAGUUUAGGGUUUAAGGGGUUAAAUUAUUUGGAGUGCUGAGAGUUCUCUCUUAUCCAGGACGUUAGAGUGAGAGAGGAGAGUGAGGGGUAGAGCAGGGCUGUGGAUGGAACUUCUCCCUGCAGUGGUGCAGCUCUCAGGAGUCCGGACCCCAGGUUGAUCAUGCCGGUGUCGGUGAGGGUAGGGCAGCGGCUGGCGCUCCUGACCCUGGCGCUGCUGGGUGGUGUAGGGUUGCUGCCCCAGGGCUGUUUGGGCCGUGCGGCUGAGGAUGAGGAUUACUACAUGCAGGAGCUGCUGAGCCGGGAGCAUUACACCAGACUCCCAGUACAGGAGGAGAACCCCACUGAGGGAGACGGAGCGGUCCGGGGAGACGACUUCCAGACCCGGACCGCCCGGAGCAAACCCAAGACCAAACCAGCCUCCGGAAAACUGGCCUCUGGAAAACCGGUCUCUGGAAAACCGGCCUCUGGAAAACCGGUCUCUGGAAAACCGGCCUCUGGAAAACCAUCUGGAACCGUGGCUAAGUCAGUGAAAUCUCCAAAUAAGAAGAGUGAGAAGACUCCGAACAGCAUCAGCGAGGCGGACGGGCAGUACCAGUCGGAGAGAGUGGAAUGUCCGCCGCUGGGUUUGGAGACGCUGAAAAUUGUGGAUUUCCAGCUUCACGCCUCCACAGCGCAGCGUUAUGGUCUGGGUGCCCACAGAGGUCGACUCAAUAUCCAGGCUGGUCUGUAUGAGGAUGAUCUGUAUGAUGGGGGCUGGUGUGCUGGCAGGAUUGACCCCCUGCAGUGGUUCGAGGUGGACGCCAGGAGACUGACCAAAUUCACCGGGGUCAUCACCCAGGGCCGAAGCUCACUGUGGUCGAGUGACUGGGUGACGUCUUACAGAGUGCAGUUCAGCAAUGACUCCCACACCUGGCUGACGCUUAAGAACGGCUCUAGAGACCUGCUGUUUAUUGGCAAUAAGGAGAAGGAGAUCCCGGUGCUGAACACCUUCCCUAAACCCGUGGUCGCUCGCUACAUCCGAAUUAACCCUCGCUCCUGGUUCAGCAGCGGCAGCAUCUGCAUGAGGGUGGAGAUACUGGGAUGCCCCAUGCCUGAUCCCAACAAUUACUACCACAGACGGAACGAGAUCACCACCACAGACAACCUGGACUUCAAACAUCACACCUACAAGGAGAUGAGGCAGUUAAUGAAGGUGGUUAAUGACAUGUGUCCGAACAUCACCCGAAUCUACAACAUCGGUAAGAGCUACAGCGGCCAGAAGCUCUACGCCAUCGAGAUCUCGGAUAACCCAGGGGAGCAUGAGCUGGGUGAGCCGGAGUUCCGCUACACGGCGGGGUCACAUGGUAACGAGGUGCUGGGCAGAGAGCUGCUGCUGUUGCUGAUGCAGUUCCUGUGUCAGGAGUACCUGUCCGGAAACCCGCGGAUACGCCACCUGGUGGACGAAACCCGCAUCCACCUGCUGCCCUCAGUCAACCCUGACGGCUACGACAAAGCAGCAGAGGCGGGUUCUGAGCUGAGCGGUUGGUCUCUGGGUCGAUGGAGUCAGGACGGUCUGGACAUUCACCACAACUUCCCCGAUCUCAACACCAUCCUCUGGGAGGCAGAGUCCCGAAACUGGGUUCCUCGCAAGUUCCAGAACCACCACAUAGCCAUCCCAGAGUGGUACCAGUCCAAGAACGCCUCGGUGGCGAUGGAGACGCGUGCUCUGCUGAGCUGGAUGGAGAAGAUCCCGUUCGUGUUGGGUGGUAACCUGCAGGGUGGUGAGCUGGUGGUGACCUUUCCGUAUGACCGCACACGUCCUCAGGGCGACGUGAGGGCGGCGUCACCCACUCCGGACGACCACGUGUUCCGCUGGCUGGCGUUUUCCUACGCAUCCACCCACAGGCUGAUGACAGACGCCAGCCGGAGAGCCUGUCACACGCAGGACUUCGCCAAGGAGGACGGGACCAUCAACGGAGCGUCCUGGCACACGGCUGCUGGAAGUAUGAAUGACUUCAGCUACCUCCACACCAACUGUUUCGAGCUCUCCAUGUACGUGGGCUGUGACAAGUUCCCCCAUGAAAGCGAACUGCCAGAGGAGUGGGAGAACAACCGAGAGUCACUCAUCGUCUUUAUGGAGCAGGUUCAUCGUGGUAUUAAAGGUGUUAUAAGGGACUUGCAGGGCAGAGGAAUAGCGAACGCCAUCAUCUCUGUGGAGGGCAUAAACCACGACGUGCGCUCAGCUGCUGAUGGUGAUUACUGGCGCCUGCUGAACCCAGGGGAGUACCGAGUGACGGUGCGGGCCGAAGGCUUCACCGCCACCAGCAAGGUGUGUGAGGUGGGCUACGAUAUAGGGGCAACCAGGUGCAACUUCUCCCUCACCCGCUCCAACCUGGCUCGCAUCAAAGAGAUCAUGGAGAAGUUUAAGAAGCAGCCUAUUAACUACCGAUACGUUCCGAGAAGACCCCGACACAGACGCCUGGGCACAUAGAGGGGCAUUCGGAAGGGUGGGAAGGGGUGGGAGCUACAGGGGUUGGACAAUGAAACUGAUAAAACACCUGGUUUUAGACCACAAUAAUUUAUUGUCCUGACGGACAGUUCUGGUGGAAACCACCUCAAGGAGAGUUGAGGUGCACAUUGAAUUCUGCCGUGAUUUGGGCAGCCGUGGUUUUAUGUUUUUUGGAUACAGUCUGGGUUAGCACCCGAACAUCCAUUUCAGACAGCUUCCUCUUACAGCGUCCACAGUUAGUCCUGUUGGAUGUGGUUCGUCCUUCUUGGUGGUAUGCUGGCAUUACCCUGGAUACCGUGGCUCUUGAUACCUCACAAAGACUUGCUGUCUUGGUCACAGAUGCGGCAGCAAGACGUGCACCAACAAUUUGUCCUCGGGUAUGUCACCCAUAAUGUUGAGUGCAUUGCAAUAUUUUGAGCAACACUGUGCUCUUACCCUGCUAAUUGAACCUUUACACUCUGCUCUUACUGGUCCAAUUUAGCCAUGAAAUCUCCCACACUAAAAUUGAAAGGUGUUUUUAGUUUCAUUGUCCAACCCCUGCAUGUGUGUGUGGGGGGUGGGGGUUGUGGUGCCAGUUUUAGCCCCACCUUGAACCCUCUGUCUUUGUGAUGGACGUUCUAGACUGAUAUCCAGAUUGAAGUCUUCUUCUGAAACUUCUUUUGUGCUUGAAAGAAAAUGUGGCAUAAUCAGACCACCAAUGGUUUGCGUGUUGGGGAAAUAUGAGGGGGCUGGCUGGUUGCCAGGAAACAGGAAAAGUUUUCUCUUUAUAACUGUAUGAUAAGCUUUCUUCUGCUGGUGCUUGGUUAGUGGGCAGGUUAGCGUUCUCAGAUCCUGAAUGACGGUAAAGUGGAAGAGCGGAGGUUCUGUCCCUUUGAGAAUAUACAAUUUUUGAACAUUAUGUUUUUGGAUUAAUAUAAAAAACGAGUGCAUGAAUUAUAAGAGUUUUAAAAAGGAAUGUUCAUAGAGAUUCAUAGUCAUGUUCAUGUUAUAUGACAACAUUACUACAUUGACUUCCAGGUCUGUUAAGCUAAAAACUGUAUGUUAACCCUCUGUUUCUCAAUGAACGAAUGCAGCGGUGCAUCAAAUUUAGUGUUUAUUAAUGUUUCUAUUAUUAAAAUCUUUGUGAUAAAACAAUGCAGUUAAAGAUUCCAUCUUCUGCCUUCAGCCAUAAAAAAGCUGAACGAUUUCUGGCAUAUUUAGAUUGUAUUUAGAUUGAUUUUUGAAAAAUUCUGAACAGACAGAAACCACAAGGAAUCCAUUUUUUCCCAGUAUUUUCUAAUCAAAUUCAAACCACAUUCGAAAGUGGUUUCCUUUAUAAAUCAUUGGUUGUUCGGAUCAACAAUUUCAGUUAAAUGUAUCAUAUAGCAGAUGAACACAGUGAUAUUUGAAACGUAAAAUAAAGUUUAUAGGAUUUAAAGAAAGUGUGCAAUAAUUAUUUAAACCAAAUUAAGCAGCUACAUAAAUUUGGGACUCCAACAGAAAAAUUACAUCAAUAUUCAGAAAAUCCUCCUUUUGGCAUAAAUACAGCCUCUAAAUGCUUCCUAUUGCUUCCAAUGAGAGUCUGUUUUUGCUCCUGGUUGAAGGUAUUUUAGAUCAUUCUUCUUAAUAAAACAUCUCCAGUUCAGUCAGGUUUGAUGGUUUUUGAUCAUGAACAGUCCGCUUUAAAUCACACCACAGAUUUUCAAUAAUAUUCAGGUCUGGGGACUGAUAUAAUCUGAGAUGAUCAUUCCAGAAUGUUGUACUUGUUCCUCUGCAUGAAUGCUUUAGUAGAUUUUGAGCAGUUUUUAGUAUUUAGGGUCGUUGUCUUGUUGAAGUAUCCAGCCCCGACGCUUUAACUUCAACUUUCUCACUGAUUCUUGAACAUUGUUCUUAAAAUCUGCUGAUAUUGACUGGAAUCCAUGAAACCCUCAACUUUAACAAGAUUCCCAGUACCUGCACUGACCACACAGCCCCACAGCAUGAUGAACCACCACCACAUUUUACUGUGGGGAGCUUUAGGUGUUUGUCUUGGAAUGCUGUGUUAUUUUUCCUACAUGCAUAAAUAACAGCCCUCCAAAUACCUCUAUAAUUUUAGUUUCAUCAGUCCACACACAGCACCUUAUUACAAAAUGAAGCUGGCUUGUCUAAAUGUGCUUUAGCUUUAGCAUACCUCAAGUGACUCUGUUUGUGGCGUGUGCUCAGAAAAGGCUUCUUCUGCAUUACUCUCCCAUACAGCCUCUCCUUAAGAGUAAAGUGAGCUGAAUAGUUAAACGAUGCACAGUGACUCCAUCUGCAGCAAGAUGAUGUAGCUGGUCUUUGGAGCUGAUCUGUGGGUUCACUAUGACUGUUUCACUAUCCUUCUCCUCUGCUUAUCUGAGAUUUUUCUUGUUCUGCCACCUCAGGAAUUAACUAGAACUGUGCCUUUGGUCUUCCGUCUCCUCACUAUGUUCGUCACAGUGGAAACUGACAGCUGAAAUCUCUGAGAUCUGAGCUUUUUGUAUCCUUCCUCGAAACCGUGAUGUUGAACAAUCUUUGAUUUCAGGACAUUUGAGAGUUUAAGUGUUUUGAAGCUCCUAUGUUGCCGCUCUUCAAAGAAGAUGCAAAGAGAUGCAAAUUCACCUGUGUAUGUAGGUCAAGGGUCCAUGAGCUUACCAAACUAAUUUUGUUUUCCAAUAAUUAGUGCUAAAAGUAUUUAAAUCAAUAAAAUGACAAGGGUGCCCAAAUUUAUGCACCUGCCUAAUUUUGUUUAAAUGAUUAUUGCACACUUUCUGUAAGUUCUAUAAACUUUAAUUCACUUCUGCUAUAUGAUAUAUUUAACUGUAAUUGCUGAUCCAAGCAACCAAUGAUUUACAGUAUAAAGAAAAAUCAAUAUUUAUAUGGAUGAUUCCUUGGUUUUAAGAGGAUUUUAAAUACAGAUGUUCAGUUAAACUCCAAUUAAAUCAUCCAAAUGGUAUACCUGCAUUAUAUUAUCACAGCGAUAUUAAUAUUAACAUCAAUAUCAUCAGGAAACAUCAAAUCUUAUGGACUGACGUGUUAGUUGACCUUAGUCGAGGGAUUAAAUACUAAAUCUGUUUGGAGGCAUAGAAAUGAAACUGUAUUAGUGCCUUAAAGUGUCUUAAAGCAUGGGCUUUUCACAUUUAUUAUCACUUACUUAUAGAGUCAAAACUGUUAACUGGACAUUUUUUUCUCUCAUAUCUCAUAUAACCCAGUAGCUGCUGAAUUAUGGUGUAUUUGUCAUUAAAAAAUGGAGAUAUUUUGUAUAAUAAAAA